GUAUCAGGCUGUCGACUAAAGUUUUGCCGGACCCAGUUCGUUUUUAUCUAUAAAAGUGGGGACAUAGUUUAUAUUUUCUUGACACUGGGCUAUAGAAAAGAUGAUGAACGCUUUAUUUUGGGCAGCCGCUGUCGUUCUUUUAUCGCUAUGUCAUAGCGGUAAUGCCAAGUUGGUUCGAUGCGGUCGUGUCGACGUGGAGGCAAACGACUAUGUUUGUUGCGAGGGCAAUCCCCAUGUGAAGGCGUGGUAUAACGACACACAGUGUUGUGGCAUUUUUGCAUACAAUCCAAAGAUUGAGGCGUGCUGUGCAGGCAUGGUUAAUCCAAGUUAUGGUAAUUCGGGCCAAGCAACCAAGUGCUGUGGAGAUCUCAGCUAUGAUACUCGAUGUUACGAUUGUGUCAAUACCCAAAUCAAGCCCAUGUUUGAUUUUCGUGCGAAGAUCUGUUGUGAUGGCAGAAUAUUCGACCUUUUGCCCAGCAAGACAUGCUGUUGUGGCAGUCAGGUGUUUGACCCCACGACAAAAGUUUGCUGCGAGGACAAGAUUGUAGAAAGACCGUCCGACAUGCCUGGGGAGUGUUGUAGCUGUGGAUUCUCGCAAGUUGACCUUGUGUUUGUUCUGGAUUCUUCUGAAAGUAUAACCAGUCCAAACUGGCCCAAAAUGCUAGAUUUCUGCAAAAAUGUCCUUCAAGAAGCAGAUAUUGAUAAUGACAAAGUGCGCGUGGGUGUCCUGUCAUAUCGACACAACACCACAGUAGAGUUCCAUUUGGACGAUUUUCAUAACAAACAGCUACUGUUUGAUGCUAUUGACAAGAUCAAAUACGUUCGGGGUAGCACAGGAACCGGCCUGGCCCUGCAGAGUUUAAGGACAGAUAUGUUUGAGAUUCAUCAUGGGGACCGGCCGAAUGUGGGAAACAUUGCCAUAGUGGUCACUGAUGGUGACUCUGACAACUUCACUCUCACUGUCGAACAAGCGGCAUUGGCCCAUAAAGAUGGCAUCCACAUCUUUGCAAUAGGCAUUGCGCUGCGAAAUCUAACAGAGCUCAAGAAAAUUGCCACUCCAGCACCAAAUGAUGCCAAUGUGUUUUCAAUUGAUGACUUUAAGCACCUGAAUUCACUGAAAGGACAAUUGUUUGCUUCCAUUUGUACCGGACAGGCUGUUCUGAAUCUCUACAAGCCCUGUGGAAGUGACUACUACAAUCCCAAUAAGGAAAUUUGCUGUAACGGUGUACCGCAGCCUGGUGGCCCCAACAUGGAGUGCUGCGAUGCCAAGAGCUUUAACCGAGAGAAAGAAACCUGCUGUGAGAAAGUGGUGAACCCCCUGCGUGGUCCCAACACCGUAUGUUGUGGGUCAAAGUCUAUGGACUCCAAGGAGGAGCUGUGCUGUAGUGGCAGACCUGUGCCCAAGGCAGGCCCCCAGUACAACACCUGCUGCGGCGCGUACACUUAUGACCCCACCAUAGAGGUCUGCUGUGAAGGCUUUGUUUCCAAGGCUUACGGCAACCCCGACUUGGACACUGGUUGCUGCGCUGACUUCUCGUAUGACAAGAGAUGCUGGGCGUGUAAAGGGGGCAAGAUCUCCCCACUGUUUGACCCUGAGUGCCAGAUAUGCUGUGACGGUGUGAUCCACAACAUGACAAUAGGCCUAAGCUGCUGCUGUGGGUCAGAGAUCUUCAAGCCGGACGAGCUCAUCUGCUGUCAGAGCAAGCUGCGGAAGCGCACUGACCAGGAACUCUCGCAUAGUUGCUGUGAAUGUGGAAGCGCCCUUGUGGAUCUGGUGUUUGUACUGGACUCAUCAGAGAGUGUGGGUCUGCCACACUGGAGUAUGCUGCUGAAAUUUACCCAGAAAGUAAUUGCUGCGGCUGAGGUUGACAUUGGCCGCACCCGCAUAGGUCUCGUGACUUACAGGCACAAUGUGACCCUUGAGUUCUACAUGAACACGUACAUCCGUGCAGCAAAUAUGAUCGACUAUGUGAGGGACAUUCCAUACAUCCGAGGCUCCACCAACACUGCUGAUGCUAUCAAGGCCAUGCAUGAGACAAUGUUCACAACAAAGAACGGAGAUCGACCCGGCAUACCUAAUGUGGGCAUUGUUAUCACUGAUGGUGCCUCUGAUAACUCCACACAUACGAAAGAGGAAGCAGCGAGGGCAAAGUCCAAGGACAUCCACAUCUACGCCAUUGGUAUUGGCCUGUCAACCAGUGACGAACUGAAGGCCAUUGCCACCGAGCCAUGGGAGGAGAACCUGUUUACCACGCAGUCCUUUGAUGACCUGGACCAUCUUCAGACGAAGCUUUUCACCAUUAUUAGUGACAUAUGUCCUCAGGAACCGAAGAAGAAGCUUAAAAAGCCAUGCGGGGAUACUAACAUGUACGACCCCCGGACAGAGGUGUGUUGCUAUGGGGAACCACAACCCCUCUACGAUAAUGAGGAAUACACGUCUUGCUGCGCAAAAGUCAGCUACGACGAACGGACCCAUAUGUGUUGCAAGGAAAAGGUGAACAAGAUCCCAAUUGGAAGCAAAAACCCAAAGUGUUGUCAAGAAGUGGCCUUUGAUCCAUUUGAAGCAGUUUGCUGUGAUGGCAGUAAAGUAAUUCCGAAAACCUCUCCAGGAGCCGAAGUUUGCUGCGGAAUGAUGACAUACGACCCAAAAUUAGAGAUAUGCUGUGAAGACAUCGUGUACAGGAAUUAUGGAGGCCAGUACGGGGCCUGCUGCGUCAUGUUAGACACAAACCUGACUGUCAGCUUUGAUACACGCUGCUACAAGUGUGAGAAAGGAGAACUCAUUCCAUUGUAUGACUGUACUUUCCAGCGGUGUUGUGAUGGAGUUAUCCAAGAGAUUUCCAGUCCGUCCUCUUGUUGCUGUGGCAAGAAGGCGUUUGACCCUGAUAACCAGAUCUGUUGUGAGGGCAACCUGCGGGCCCGACAGCCACUGGAUAACCCUCAAUGCUGUGAAUGCCAGAACAACAUUGUGGAUAUUGUGGUCGUGUUGGACUCAUCUGAAAGUGUGGGCUUACCCAACUGGAAGAAGAUGGAGGUAUUUGUGGAAGAGCUGAUAGCAGAUGCAGACAUUCCCAGUGCCAGAUUUGGUAUGCUGACCUACAACCAUGAGCCUACAAUCAGGUUCCACCUGAACAAGUACACGAAGAAAAAGGAGUUAAUGGAGGCUGUGGAUAAUCUGCCCUACGUCAGAGGCAGCACAGACACGGGUCUAGCUCUCGAGGCAAUGAGGGGAAUGUUCCAAUACAUGUAUGGAGACCGCACCAACGCCCCGGACUUCUGUUUGCUGCUGACUGACGGAGAGUCUGACGACUACGAUUACACAGUGGAGCAAGCAAAUCUGGCCAAGAGGAAAGGUAUCCACAUCAUUGCCCUUGGUGUUGGUCUGAAAAACGGGACGGAGCUCCGGGCUGUGGCCAGCCCACCUAUAGAUGAUAACGCCAUCCUGCUGACUGACUUUGAGGAACUGGAGAAAAUCAAGGAGAAGAUCUUCAAUGACUUGGCCAGCACCAUCUGUCCUCAGUUACCAAAGCCAAGAUGUAGAACCCCCUGUGGCAACAGCAGCAUUGAUGAGCAGUUGGAGCUGUGCUGUGAAGGGGUACCACAGAAGUUGAUUGCUGGUAACAGAACACUGUGCUGUGAAUACAAGGCCUAUGAUCCAGACUGCUUCGUGUGCUGUGAUGACUUCACCCUCGUUUCCAGGUAUGCUGGAGAGUUCACUGCGUGCUGCUGUCGCUCUGCCUACGACACAAGGACUCACAUGUGCUGUGGGAACCAGAUACUGCCCCUGACGGCAGGGGCGUUCACGGGCUGCUGUCACAACGCCUCCUAUGAUACACGGACAGAGGUAUGUUGUGACAUGAUUACGGUGCAGCCCAGUUUUGGUGAGAAGAACACGGGCUGUUGCAAUGGGAAGAGCUAUGACACACGAUGUUCCAAGUGUGUUGGACUUCAGAUCACAGCCAAUUACAAUACCAGCUCACAGUUGUGCUGUGAUGGAAACAUACAGGAGAAACAGUAUGCUGAAAGAUCAUGCUGUUGUGCAGGGAGACAGUUCAAUGUGGACAUCUCCAUUUGUUGUGAAAACAACUUGUAUGAGCGACCAGGCAAAUACGAGGUCACCUGCUGCGGAAAAGAUGUCUUUGAUCCCAUCAAAUCAAUCUGCUGUGACGGCAAGGCAGUAAAGCGUGACUGGGGCCUUGACACUCAUUGCUGUGGUCGUGAUGCGUAUGACAGGAAGACUGCAGUUUGCUGCGAAGGGAAAACAAAUAAGAUGAAAGGGUCUGAAUCAUGCUGUUGUGGUAACGGGGCCUAUGACAUAUAUACAGAAAUCUGCUGCGAUGGAAAAAUCAAUGACAUGGCCCUUCCAGGUUUAAGAAAUUCGUCGAUAUGUUGUGGGCAACAGGCGUUUGACCCCAGCCUACAGAUAUGCUGUGGCGGUAAAGUACGAGACCUUCUCCCAGCCAAAAGCACUGCAUGCUGCGGCGCCAAGACCUACAACCCUGAACAGGAGAAGUGUGAGAAUGGAGAGGUGAAGAUCGUCGAUGGAAAAUGUUCCCGGAGGUCGUACUCACCCAAGAGUCAGACAUGCUGUAAUGGGUGGAUUAAUAACGCCACCUAUCCCCAGCCCUACUCCCGAUGUUGCUUUGAUCGUCUGUAUGACUCUCGCAAUCACGUCUGCUGCUGCAACGGGAAUCUGGAGGAGGCCGUGGCAGGCAUAUUCACCCAGUGUUGCUACAGUUACGCCUAUGAUUCUAGAACGCACACGUGCUGCGAUGGUCAGAUUGUGCGCAAACCAUACCCAAGUGCUGAAUGCUGCUGUGGACGACAGGCGUACGACAGCAGUCGUGAAAUCUGCUGCGGUGGUGUUGUGAGACAAUGUGGCAUUGACAGGGGGGCAUGUUGUGGGACCCUGGCCUAUGACCCUGUGUUGCAGAUAUGCUGCGGAGGUAACCUCUUCCCAAGGACAUUUGGAGAAGAGACUUUCUGCUGUGGCAAGGAGGCUUUUAACCCCAUGCUGGCCGCCUGCUGUGGAGACAGAAUCGCUUACCGCAAAGAAAUCAAUCUAGAGUGGUAAAUGGAUAAAAUGUUUGCUAUUAUAAAAAAUCUUUUUUGUAAACCAAAUAUGCUAAAUAUCAUAAAUAUUUCAGUUGAUAUUAUCACAUUUUUAGACAAACAGUAAAACAUGUUUGAUAUGUAUUUUCUCUUUUUCAAUGUACAAUUUAAAAGUUGAAUGUGAAGUUCUUAAUUAUGGAGGAGACCAUAUUGUAGUAAAUCUUACAUUAUCAUCAAUGUAUCUAAUAAUGUAUUGAUAAACUUACUAGAAAAUAAAAUAGUUUAUCAAGUUUGAUCCCCAAUG